GGACGCUUUUCUGAUGCAUGAGGGUGCCCUGAGGCCUAUCUUCUCUGCGUGCAGCUGAGACAGGAGGGCUACGAAUUUCCGGAUCCUCCACUGGAGUUGCAGCCCUGCCUACCUGGCCGGCGCAAGUGCAGCGCCACCCUACCGGCGCCCGCGCCCGCGCCCGCGGCGGCGGCGCCGGCGCGGUCGGCGGAGUCCGAGGAGGAAGUGGUGCGCCUGGUGGUCGCUCGUGAAGAUGCCAAAGAGCGUGUAGAGCAGCUGGUGCAGGCCUUGGAGGACGGACGCGACUUUGACCCUGCGGAGUUGGAAGAGCUGAUCACCUUAGUGGAGGACAUUUCUGAAGUGCUUCGGUCCAUGGGUGUGGAGACAGAGGCCCCGGAGGCUCCGGCUCCCUCGGCGCCCAGCCAUGCUCCGGUCACCAUGCCGGCCGCCCAUGCGCACCGUGGACGGGAACUGCUCAUUACUGGCAGCGCAGCUUCGAAGGCAUCUACCAUGCCGUCAGAGCCAAGCCACUUCAGCGGUGGGACGUACAUGCCACCGCUCGCCCCCACCGCGCCCUAUCGGGACAAUCCCAACGUCUCCGACGAGCUGCAACUGCCAGCCGAAGAUCCCAUGUUCGAAGCUCCCAGCCAUCAUGCCGGGGAGUCAUUGUUGGGCGGACGAAAGAAGAAGCCAGUGGGGUCCUGGAGUCAAUGGGCCCAGUCCAUGCGAAAUCUCACAGGCUCCACUGGCCGUCGUCUUGGCGAUGGCGUUCCGCGGAGCGUGUACGCUGAGAUUGGCAACGACGACUCUUCCCGUCCACUGUUUCACUAGAAAAGGGGCGGUGAGAAUCACUGGCUGGAGCCAUUUUCGUU